AUGUUUGACCAUGAACGGACUUCCAAUGAGGCCUUCACUCCCCUUGACUUCAAGGCCUACAUUGAAUACUACCUCAUACAUUGGGUCACUAUCCACUUAAUUUCGAAAGACCUCAGAUACAGUCUAGAAGAGGCAUAUGAAGAGAUGAUUGCCAGUGCUGAUUCAGGUGUUGCUCUGCACCCAAUGGCUGAAGAAUACUCACAUAUUGAGAAAAUCACAUGCCAAUACUGCAUUGUGGCUGCUGAGAAAUGUGUUGAGAAGGUCAAGCACUUCUGCAAGGAGAUGAAUGAUGAAAUUGAGAAGGUGAAGGAGGAACAGAGGAUGCACAACAAAUUAGCUGCAAAGAUUUCCUCUAAGUGUGCGCACAAAGUGGUACAUCCUUUCUAG